GCCUUCUGGGACAGCACUCGUACUAUGAACAGUUGAAACGUGCCUGUGCAACGUUGUUUUUGUGUUCCAAGAAUGGCUAACAAUAUGCUCAGCAAUGGUCGUAUCCAGCAACAAACCACCGUUUCGCAACAACCGAGCAACGAUAAGGGAAAGAAAGCGCCAGAAAUACCAGCGAUAGAGCGCAACAAUUGGCUUCUGCAUCGUCACUAUACGCGUCACGAGUACAAAACUUGUAAAAUCCUCAUCGAUCAGGAAUUAUUAAGGUCGAGUGGUCACAAUGAAUACGCCAGUUACCUGAAGGGUUUGAUACUCAGGAGGGAGGGUAAAAUUCAGGACUCGUUGAACUGCUUCCAAACGGCGUACAACGUUAAUUCUACGAAUGUUAAUAACAUCAAGCAAAUCGCCAAGUCGCUAUUGAUUAUGGGAAGUCACAAGCGUGCCAUCGAGGCGUAUUUGGAAGCCGAGAAGGUGUCCACUAUACCGGACUGGGAAAUUUAUUUGAACCUAGGGGAGUGUUACGCAAAGCUGAACCAACUUUACGAGGCAAAGAGGCACCUGAAGAGGUCCAUCGAGCUGACGAGAAACGAAUUACCGUACGUCGCCUUAGCCAGGGUCUGCAUCCAGGAGGAUCACGUUACCGAGGCACGAAACGCUUACAACGCAGCUCUGAGGUGCGAAGCGUGUCGUCGUGUACUUUCUGUUUAAUGUAUUCCGCGAUUAAGUCUCGUCCGACCUCGCCUCGUGCUUUGAGAAUUUCAAUCUCUCGCCGACUCAAAUGUUCUUGUUCAUGUCUUGUCGGUGUAUCGUGUUCUGCAACUCGUUACAGGCCAACGACAGAUCUUGAAUUGAAAAAGUUGCACAGCGAAGCGAGGACUCGACGAGAUUAUCUUUUACGUCCAGGGUUGGAUUAAACAUUUUUACAGCUGCAUAUAGUAGUCGUAAGGAAAGGAUUCGGUCAAAACGAUGGGAUACGUGGAGCCCUGGGAAAAC